AAAGCCGCCAUUUUGGUGGUUGCGGCGCCUUGCGACAUGGAGGCCGCGAUGGCAACGGGCGCAGGGCUGGCGGGGCUUACGGCAGCUGGGCCACGGGAACAGGAGUGCGCUGUUGAGGUGGCCUGCGCUCCGAAUCACUCGCCCGCCGCCUUCCUCAGUCUCCCGGCCCCUUUCGAAGACGAAGAUGAAGAUGAUAGGCACAAAUGUGGCCGUUGCCAGUCCGAGUUCACUUCCUUGGAAGAAUUUGUACAACACAAAUUACAAAAACUUUGCCAGAGACAACACGAUGCUACAGCAGCACCAACAACCCCGGUGAUUUCAUCUGUUGAAGAGCCUAUAACUGUAGCUCAUAUAGUUGUUGAAGCUUCUCCAAUAACAGAAGAAAUCAGCAAUGCAUCUACAAUUGUAGGUAGUGAGCACAUCAAAGAAGUUAUUGUAGCUGGAGACCAUGUCUUUGAAAAUCCAAAUGGCCACUUUGAUGGUGAUGUUGGAGAGGGGCAGAGCACUCCCGAAGGCCUGGAGGAAGGGGCUUCUAUGGAACUCAUUAAGGUUAAACUGCUGGUUAAUAAAGAAGGUCGAUACGUGUGCGAACUUUGCCAGAAGACGUUUAAAACGGCCAGCAUUCUCAAAGCUCACAUGAUCACUCACAGCAGCAGGAAGGACUAUGAGUGUAAGUUGUGCGGAACAUCUUUCAGGACCAAGGGUUCACUAAUCCGGCACCAUCGCCGUCAUACAGAUGAGCGUCCUUACAAGUGCAAGAAAUGUGGGAAAAGUUUCCGCGAAUCGGGAGCCUUGACUCGGCACUUGAAAUCCUUGACUCCCUGCACUGAGAAAAUCCGCUUCAAUAUGAACAAGGAAAUAGUUGUUAGCAAAGAGGAUAUAGCCACAGGGUCCAACAACUCCAGCAGUGAAGCUGUUCCCACACUAGCAGCUCAGUCUGUGGAAUCCUCACCUGUGAUCCAUCUAGUGACAGAUGCCAAAGGGAAUGUCCUCCAUGAAGUCCAUGUCCAGAUGCAGGAGCUCCCAAUCUCGGAGGCAAAAUCGUUAGACCAAGAAGUUAGUGCCACCCAUCUGGCAUUUCAUUCUUCAAACCCCGAGGAGCUGUCCCCUGAUGGAGAUGACAAUGAGAACUUGCUGAGAGAAGCCAUGAGGAAUUCUGGGAUUGUGAUAGAACGGGUUUCAAUGGAGGAGGAAGCUAAAUCAAAUGGAGCAGAUGCAGAUCCUGCUGCAGAGGAGUUAAAGAGUGAAGAGCUGGAGGCAUCUGAGAAACCGUGCGGGGAGCAGUGUGGGGAGCAGUACGUGGAGAUAGAGCAAGUUGAAACGUCAGGUGCAGAGGCGACUGAUGAAUGCAAGCGUCACGUGUGCCCCUAUUGCAGCGAAAUCUUUAGAGAGCACAGUUCCCUUGACCUCCACAUCAAUGGACAUCUAGACUACAAACCUUUUACAUGUGAGGAGUGUGGCAAAGAGUUCACCAAAGGCUACUUGCUGAAAAAGCAUCAGGAAGUACAUGUUAACGAGCGGCGUUUCCGUUGUGGGGAAUGUGGCAAGCUGUACAAGACGAUCGCACAUGUGAAGGGGCACAGGAGGGUGCACUCUGAUGAGCGGCCGUAUCCUUGCCCCAAAUGUGGCAAGAGGUACAAAACAAAGAAUGCCCAGCAGGUCCAUUUCCGAACCCACCUGGAUGAGAAGCCUUAUGUCUGCCAAUUCUGUAACCAGGGCUUUCGGGAAAAGGGUUCUCUGGUGCGUCACAUCCGUCACCACACAGGCGAGAAACCAUUCAAAUGCUACAAAUGCGGGCGUGGUUUUGCAGAGCAUGGCACCCUCAACAGGCACCUGAGGACCAAAGGUGGCUGCCUGCUUGCCUUGAAAGAAGCUGAAGAAGCAGCAGUGUCAGAGGAAAGCCAGUCAGCUGACAACUUGGCUGCAACAGUCAUUUCUGAAGAUCCUCCUACAGUCCUGGUGGAAUUCUCCUCGGUUGUGGCAGAUACACAAGAGUACAUCAUUGAGACAGCUACUGAAGACAUGGAAACUAGUGAAGCUGCUGGAAUAAUAGAAGGAACAAGGCACGAGGUGGACAGUCACAUAAUGAAAGUUGUUCAGCAGAUAGUGAACCAAGCAAACUCUGGUCAUCAGAUAAUUGUCCAGAAUGUCACUGUUGCAGAAAGUUCCACCCUGACACCUGAUGGCACAGACACUGACACAAUUGCCAUAGCAACUCCAGAGAGUCUCACGGAGCAGGUUGCCAUGACACUGGCUUCAGCCAUUGGCGAAGGAGCUGUGCUGGCAACGGAGGGGAGUAGCGAGGCUGAAGAGGCUACUGUGACUAUGGUGGCAUCUGAAGACAUUGAAAUAAUGGAGCACACGGGAGAGUUUGUGAUUGCCUCCCAGGAGGAGGAACUGGAGGUCCAGACAGUGAUAGUCUAGGGCUACCUCUGUACUCCGCAAGGAAUUGCAAUGGGGAGAGAGAGUCAUAGCUUCACUUCGUCUUUUGGGGCUGCUUUCUGCUUAGUCUGCAGCAUGUAUGUGGAAGGGGGAUCACAGGGCCCAGCCUGGCUGUACAAUGGCCACCAGAUGUCCCCAGAAGCAGCCCUAAGAGGCCGUUCGUUCAUUAUGCUAAUCCUCAUAAGAGGAGAAGAAGAAGAAGGAUAACGGAGCUCUUGGCUGUGCCUGUCUUGGGGCAAAGGGCUCAGUCAUUCUUGACCACUCUUGUGGCCAGCUGCUGCUUGCUGAAGCCAGGCAGUGAUGGAGAAAAGCACUUUAUGUUAGUUUAGUGGGAAAAGAAGAAAAAAAUGUUUGCAGGGAAACUUAACUAUGCUACACUGAGAGGCACCUUGAUGGGGACACCCAUCUUCCUUUCAAAUGAUAUUCUACAAAAAGUGUGGAACCUUAAAAAAAAAGUUUCCAAAUGCUUUAUCAGGAAUACCCUGGAAAUGCUACAGAAAGGCCACACGUUGUACAUUUCUUUUGUAACCAUGUAGCUUUUAAUUGCAUAUUAUACAAAUUUGUUUGUACAUAAUGUUUUUUAAAUACAUAUUUUUUUACGUAAUUCUGAUGUAAUAAAUAAAAGAGCUAUAAUUGGCUGAAA